CCUAACGCGCGGGUGGGGCCUGUGUGUGCGCCGUAGAGACGGUAAUGUGAGCAGAGACGCGCAAGCAGCCCGUUCAAUGAAGCGUUAUAGAUGACCCUGUGAGGACCCGCUGUUGUUUUUUUGUUCGAGAUCGGCCUGUAAAUGCCGUUGUUGUGUGGAAAUAUCCGGCGCCGCCGUGACGGUCGUGCGAUGCUGAACGAGCGGCCGGAGCGGUUUGUGCUGUGAUUCGUUGUGGCCGAGGGCAGAGCGGGUUAAAACACCACGAGCGAGCGGAUUAUUAAGACUUCCAUUAUGGUGCACUAGCCGAGCCUGAUGCCUCGAGACUGGGGGGCGAUGUGAAACGCAUUGAUCUCGCUCGCUCGCUCCCUUUCCGUGCACCUAGGACGAAGAAUGAACGACGCGCGAGAUAUGUCUCCCGAUUUCGUCUUGAUGCGCCUGGUCUCCGCGGCCGAGGACGACCGCCGCUUGGACGAGGAGAGCGGCACCGUGCCGUCAGGCGGCGGAGCGCUUUUGGCUCACGGUGGCGUGAAGAGCAAAGUGGAGCGCGCGCGUGGGGCGCCCACGACUGCCAUCCUCCCAACGGCGGUGGCGGCGAACAACAAAGCGCCGCGGCCCGGCGGCCCCGAGGCACCUGACGGUCGAGUGACGGCGACGGGGCCCGUGGCGCCUCCUCCGCUUCACGCCGCCGAGGCCGCGCGCAGAGGUGGGAUGGCGGGGCCUCAGCUGCUGGUGUUCCGAAACCUGCCGCGAGAGUCCGACGGCUGCGACGAUGCCGAGGGACAGCGCGCGACGGGCCCCGCGGACGGCCAGGCGGCGCGAGCCGGUGUGAACGAUGAGCGAGAAGGCGGCGCCGUGGACACGCUACAGCACCCGCCGUGGGCGCUCCACCCGCGUCUCAAACUGGACGGGCCAGGGGCUGAUCUGUGUCACCGGCAUGCUAUGGUCAAGGAGCGGACGGACUGGCCUGUGGCGGCAACUCCAGAUGCCAGCACCCCACUUUCACCCAAAUGGGUGACCGACGGGCCCGUUCUGGAACUGGCAAGAACAUUCGGGCAGUUGGGGGUCACCGGCGUCCCUGACUUCCUGCUCAAGGAGGGCGACCUGCCACACUGCUCUUGCCAAAGUGCCCUCGGUCAGGCAGCGGCAGUGGCAGCUGGGGUCAGGCAGGGUGAGGACCCGACAGAGACCAGCGAUGCCCUGUUGGUGCUGGAAGGCCUCGCAUCUGAGGAGGUGAAUGGUCUGGGUGUUGGCCAGAAGAGCCACACCGGGUCACAGGAUGGGGAUGGCGGUGGGCAGGUGAAGGGAGAACUCGCGAGUGAGGUGGCGGGCGCCUUUGCCCUGAAAUGUUUGCCAACGAUGUUGUCGGCACAGGCUGUUGGGGUGAGCGGAGCACUUUGCUCCGCGGCAUGCCACGACCCGCAGCUGUGCUGCCUGCUGCGGGGCUCUCUGGUCCCCAGGGCUCAGGUCAGUCCUGCUGACAGACUCUCACCAGACGUCCCAGCACCAGAGUCGCGCAGGGAGACGCCGGCUUCUAGCCCUAAAAGGAGCACUGGGACACUUUCAUCUCGAGGAGCGGGCAGUGCAGGCCAGAAGACACUCAAACUGCCGGGCAAAUCCAGGAAAGGGUCACUUAAAAUUCGCCUGAGCAAACUUUUCAGAACUAAAAGCUGUAGUGGCUCCAAUAACCUGCUAGAUAAAAGACCUUCAGUUACUUUCUCCAUAUCUUCAGCUGGCAGUUUGGUGGACAUGUCAGGAGUGAAUAGUGUGGAGCAAGACACAACCAGCCAACCUGGACUAACAAGGGCCCAAAGUGCCUUCUCUGCUGCUGCUUUCACUCCUGUCUUCACUGGAGAGACAGUGUCGUUGGUGGAUGUGGACAUUUCCCAGAGAGGAAGAAACUCUCCUCACCCCCCUCCAACACCCCCACCCCCACCACGCAGGAGUCUCAGCCUUCUAGACGAUAUAGGUGGGCCGCAGCCUGGGCCUUUCCUAGUGAGUGUCAUGGGGGCGUCCCUGCAGUCUCUCCCCCUGCCUCUUCCUCCUCCUCCCCCCCUCCAUGCCACCAUCCAGCAUAGUCUCAGCCUCAAUGAUGCUUUCUUCCGAGCACUUCCUCAUUCUGCACCAUCGCCAAUGGAGACUCCGCCCCCAUCCCGAGUGGCCCCAGCUCCAAAUCUUUGUCCUUUGAGGGGAGUUGAUUCCAGCAGCUUCACAGCUAGCCUAAGGGAACUAGAGCGGUGUGGCUGGUACUGGGGCCCCAUGAACUGGGAGGAUGCUGAAUUGAAGCUGAAAGGGAAGCCUGAUGGCUCGUUUCUAGUGCGGGACAGUUCAGAUCCCCGAUACAUCCUCAGCCUCAGCUUUCGCUCGCAGGGGGUCACACACCACACACGCAUGGAGCAUUAUAGAGGGACCUUCAGCUUGUGGUGCCAUCCAAAGUUUGAAGACCGCUGCCAUUCUGUGGUGGAGUUCAUUGAGCGUGCCAUCAUGCAUUCUAAAAAUGGAAAAUUCCUUUACUUCCUGCGGUCACGUGUUCCAGGGCUCCCACCAACUCCAGUGCAGCUGCUGUAUCCAGUCUCUCGCUUCUGCAAUGUCAAGUCCUUGCAGCACCUCUGCCGCUUCUGUAUCCGACAGCUCGUCCGCAUAGAUCACAUCCAGGAGCUCCCUCUCCCAAAACCCCUCAUUGUCUACCUGAGAAAGUUCUACUACUACGACCCAGAGGAAGAGAUGUAUUUGUCAAUCAAAGGCAUGCGCCAGAUGGCAGGCGUGGAGCAAGAGCCAGAGUCUGAAACGUAGCCGGAAGAGCUAUGUUUGUGUGUUCUGUGUAUGGAUAGCGGAUGGGAUAGUGCAUAGACACUGCUGGUGCACAGCUCUGCCCUAACUCCCCAUCAGUCUUCCAGCAGAAGCCAAUGAACAUCAUCGGAACUGCCCCCUUCUUAUUUUUGAUCAAAAAGAAGACAGAAGUGGGCAGGGAAAUGCUGGAGUACUGUCCAUAUGAAACUGGCAUUAUAUCCAGAGACUGAUCUGGCAGUCUGGACAGGCACAGGACUGAAAAUGAAACACAUAGAACAUUUAAUGUGAUCUGGAGUUAUGACAUAAACCUCCAUCUGUAGCUUUCUCAUGGGGAAAAAAACAUGGGAGUUUUUAACCUGGACACAUUCGUGAAUCACUUUCCUUUAUUUUGGUUCUUCUUUCUCUCCCUGUUCUCUUGCUGUCCCCUUUAUUUCUCCAUUACCUGUACUGUAACUUCCUCAGUCUGACAGCAGGCCACAUGAACUGCCUUUUCAGUAAAAGAGAGUGAAAAUGAAAAAGGCUUUGGAAUUCCACUUCACUCACAUGUAGGUCUGACACUACAGUACAGAACAUACUGUGUUAGAAUGGGUUGUUCUUUAAGUUUUAUAGAGUUAGCUCUGUUUCCAUCCACUUCCUGCGCAAAUUGCAAGAGAUAAAGUGAAAAUAUAAAAAAACGAUUUUUGCCGCAUAUCAGUUUUUUUCAGUGACUUAGCGAUAAAAAAUAAUUUCAGUAAAAAAACAAAAAAAAACAAACCCAAAUUGGUUUAUUGAUGAAAAAUGUUGUCUGUUUCUGUCUCUAAUUUCAUGUGUGUCACACCUUGUGUUGCUUUGGCUUCCCUGACUUCCCCAUAACCUACUGAUGAAGACAUUUUUUAUUUAUUAUUAUUCAUUUAUUAUUAUUGUUUUUCCAUCUGAACCGUUACAGGAGACAUCACAUUUCUCUAUCAUAUAGAGCUGUUUGAGCCCUUUCCAUUCAGAAAGGCUGCAUUCUUUUUUUGCAAAUCUAUCUCUGUAAGAGCUGAAAAGUGGCAGCAUUCCUUUAAAAAUGCUCUUUUUUAUCGUCUCUUCCUCAGUCCAGCUCUACCUCCCGUCCACACUGUUUCUGUUUGCAUUUCAUGUGGAGGCACGUGGGGGUGCUCUGUCACCUGACGCUAAAGCUACAUUCACAUUACCAGGCUGAAAUGGCACAAGUACGAUUUUUUUGCCUUAGGCUACGUUCACAUUACAAGCCUUAUUGUUUAAUUCCAAUUUUUUUGUUCAGAUCUAAUUUUUUUACUAUGAUGGUUCUCACUCAAAUCUGUUGUGACUCAAAUCUGUUAUUAAUGUGAACAAAACUGUGUCCUGAAACGACCCGCAUGUGCACAUCCUAAUGAAUCACAUCAUUGAUGAACCAUUAGGCUUAAUGUACUGUGAACACAGUCUAGACUACUGUGUAAAAAGGUUUUUUGCAACAUUUAGGUAUCGAUAAACAAUUUAUCAAAAAUGUUUUGUUGACAUUUGUUAAAUAUUACAGACAGUUUACUUUUCCUUAGCUUGUAUCACUAAAAUUCAAGUUAUUUUUUUUCCUUUAGAUGGAAACUAGCUAUUAUGUCUGACACAAACAGACAUACAGAAAUUACUCCAAACAACUGGGCACUCUUUUUCACCACAUGUUUCAUAUGCAUCUGUAUUAUUCUUUGUGCAAGGCACAAGCAAACUGGGAUUAAGUACUAAUUGAGUAUUUCACUAAAGGUCUAUAUUUAGCAUUGUUGUGUGGACCCAUAUUUAUACUAGUGACAAAGAUAGCGAUUUGAAGAAAUGCCAUUCUAAACUAUAAUAGCUGGUUGUCAGAGAAUGUAGAUAAACACUAAUUUACUCCUAAUCACAAUGAUUAUACUAAACUCCAUGAGAACAUAGGAUCCACAAACUGUGAUUUACAAUCACAGUAGGUGAGUUUGAACAGAAAUACGUUUCAGGGGAGGUAUAUAAUUCCAUGUAAGAGUUCCAUUUAAUGGGAUAGACCAUCAUUUCUUAGCUUAACAUAUUCAUUAUCCUUGAUCAGCUCCUGUCCUGUGCACCAAAAUAUCUACAAAUAACAUUACAACAAUAGUUAUCAAAAUUACUGAUGAGUGAUGAGGAAAAAUGUCCUUACUUUUUACAAAAAACAGUUAUGUACCUGGACUUGAGGUGAGAAUUGUUUCUAAGAUGCAUUACAAUUGUCUCUUGAAUGAUUUUACUACUGCAUACAGAAAGUAAUUUUUAAAUUGAAAACUGUAAACAGUACCAGGCUAUUCAAAUUAAGCAAAUUCUAAUAGGUUACAGGGAAAACAAAUCAUAUAUGCAGUAGAACAACAAAAAUUAAGAUGCAAAAAAAGAAUCAUUUUAUAAUUGCAUCUUGGCCCCUUGAACUAAUAUAUGAUUGAUUCAGGUGCCUACAGACUUCCAGCCCUACCACGGACCUUCUCUCAAACACCUGGCAUAUGUGAAACUCAGGUUAAAGUGGAAUUCCAUUUUUCUAAAAAUCUGCAUAGUGAUAUUGUUGAAAUGUUAAUAAAGUCAUGUAGAUUAGA